ACUCCCGGCGCCUGCCGGAGCGGCAAGAUGGCGGACGGUGACGGCUGGAGUGAAGCCGCGACUGCUGCGGCAUUUCCUCCUGCACCUGCUCCCGGCCUGAGCCCGCCGCUGGGCUGGAGGGAGCGGCUGCGGGCCGGGCUGGCGGGGACAGGGGCCUCGUUGUGGUUCGUGGCGGGGCUGGGGCUGCUAUACGCUCUGAGGGUACCCCUGAGGCUGUGUGAGAACUUGGCAGCGGUGACAGGAUUUUUAAAUUCAUUGACACCCAAAUUCUAUGUGGCACUUACAGGGACAUCUUCUUUGAUAUCAGGACUAAUAUUUAUUUUUGAAUGGUGGUACUUCCAUAAGCAUGGCACAUCUUUUAUUGAGCAAGUAUCUAUAAGCCAUUUGCGACCACUGAUGGGAGGAACAGAAAGCAGCAUUUCAGAGUCAGGUCCUUCUUCAAGCAACAGCCAAAGUGAAACAAGCAGACAGAAUUUAUCGGAAUGCAAGGUAUGGAGAAACCCUUUAAAUCUUUUCAGAGGAGCAGAAUAUAGAAGAUACACUUGGGUGACUGGAAAAGAGCCACUUACAUACUAUGACAUGAACUUGUCAGCUCAGGACCAUCAGACCUUUUUCACCUGUGACUCAGACUUUUUACGUCCUUCAGACACAGUUAUGCAGAAGGCAUGGAGGGAAAGAAAUCCUCCAGCUCGAAUCAAAGCAGCCUAUCAAGCUUUAGAAUUAAACAAUGACUGUGCCACUGCAUAUGUUCUACUGGCCGAGGAAGAAGCAACCACUAUUGUAGAUGCUGAAAGGUUAUUUAAACAGGCACUCAAGGCAGGAGAAACAAUUUAUAGGCGAUCACAGCAGUGCCAGCACCAGAGUCCUCAGCAUGAAGCUCAACUGAGGAGAGAUACCAAUGUGCUAGUAUAUAUUAAAAGAAGAUUGGCAAUGUGUGCAAGAAAAUUAGGAAGAAUAAGAGAAGCAGUGAAAAUAAUGAGAGAUUUGAUGAAAGAAUUUCCUCCUCUUACCAUGUUGAACAUCCAUGAAAAUCUCUUAGAAUCACUUUUAGAAUUACAGGCCUAUGCAGAUGUUCAGGCAGUCCUAGCAAAAUAUGAUGAUAUAAGCCUUCCAAAGUCAGCAGCAAUCUGUUAUACAGCAGCACUGUUGAAAACAAGGACUGUUUCAGAUAAAUUCUCUCCAGAAACAGCCUCCAGAAGAGGAUUAAGCACAGCAGAAAUUAAUGCUGUGGAAGCAAUUCAUAGAGCUGUGGAAUUUAAUCCUCAUGUUCCAAAAUAUUUACUAGAGAUGAAAAGUUUAAUUUUACCUCCAGAACACAUUUUGAAGCGAGGUGAUAGUGAAGCAAUUGCCUAUGCUUUCUUUCAUCUUCAGCACUGGAAACGAAUAGAAGGUGCUCUUAAUCUGUUGCAAUGUACAUGGGAAGGCACUUUUAGAAUGAUUCCAUACCCAUUAGAGAAAGGACAUCUAUUUUACCCUUAUCCUAGCUGCACAGAGACUGCUGAUAGAGAGCUCUUACCUACCUUUCAUCAUGUUUCUGUUUAUCCAAAGAAGGAGCUUCCUUUUUUCAUCCAUUUUACAGCAGGACUGUGUUCUUCUACAGCAAUGAUAGCCCUUCUCACACACCAAUUUCCUGAAAUCAUGGGUGUUUUUGCUAAAGCUAUGUCUUGCUGCAAACACGACCUGCAGUGCCUAGGGAACCUGGGUUGGGAAAGAGACGGAGUGAAAACCAAGUUAUCUCUUACUUCAGCAGCUCUGGACAACCUCAUCCACAUUCUCAGGAGGAAGCCAUAAAGAAUCUCUCUUCUGAAAAUACAUCCUCUAGCCAAAAUGAUCAUUCCCUCAUUGCCCUCUAAACCAGAGUUGUUAUUUCCUACCAUCAAGGCUCCUCAAAGGCUAUUGAUUUCACCUGCAGUUCUCUCCCUGCCAAUAAACAAUUUUUAUAUCCUAUUCAAAAUAUAACUUUAAAUGUUCAUAAUUAUUAAAGCGUGGCGAGGUUUUUUAUGUUUGAAAUUUUCUAUAAUGAACAGUAAAACAGAUGGGUACCAUGGCACACUCCUGUAAUCCCAGUGGCUUGGGAGGCUGAGGCAGGAGAAUAGAGUGUUCAGAGCCAGCCUCAGCAACAGCAAGGUACUAAGCAACUCAGUGAGACCCUGUCUCUAAAUAAAAAUACAAAAAAGGCUGGGGUUGUUGCUUAGUGGUUGAGUGCCACUGAGUUCAACCCUCAGUUACCCCCCCACCAAAAAAAAAAUAAAACAACAGCCAGGCAUGGUGGUACAUACCUCCCUAUUCAACUGAAACAGGAAGAUUACAAGUUCAAGGUAAGCCUGGGACUUAGCAAGACCCUGACUCAAAAUAAAAAAUAAAAAGGUCUGGGGAAUGUAUCUCAGUGGUAAAGUGGUUUGGGUUUAAUCCCCAAUACCUCACCUCCCUCCCCCCAAAAAUAUCAGUAAAACAACAACUACAAUAAAAACUUAGCCUAUAAUUUAUCUCUUCUAAGACAUCUUACCACAACUGUAAUCUUGAUACCAUUUUUUAGUAUUUUGGACCUUGCAUUGUACUAUACUACUAUACUGAGAAGAAGUAUAGAGCGUGGCCAUUAAAAGUGUGAGCUCAGACUUCAAAUUGUCUAGAUUCAAAUACCAGUUCUGCCACUUCUUAGCUGUGUGACUUAUCAAGUUAAUUAAUGUCUCUGGGCCUUAGUUUUCUCAUAUGUGAAUGGUAAUAGUAGUAACAUCUAACUUAGGGGAUUAUUAAAUCUAUAAUCUCUGUUCAGAUAAGGAGGUGCACUGAUUAGCAUGACUGGUUGAAGACUUAUCUCUAAGGAGUUCCUAAUGAAUAUUCUUUGUAUGACCCCUUAUAGCAAGAACAUUUUUUUUAAGUUUUUUUUUUUAGUUGUAGGUGGAUACAAUACCUUUAGUUUAUUUUUAAUGUGGUGCAGAGGAUCGAACCAGGGCCUUGUACGUGCUAGGCGAGCACUCUACUGCUGAGCCACAACCCCAGCCCAUAGCAAGAACUUUUUGGAGGGUAAGAAUACCCUUUGAAUUCUAGGCCCUACUUUGAGUUUUAUGAGACCUAAUUUUAUGUUUUCCCCCUGCAUAGGGAAUGCUCAGGACUGUAUUUUGAUCAAUUGCAAAAGAGAUCCUGUCAACAGAAAAAUUAAAGUCAGAAUUUUCUAUGGGUUGGACCUUAUUAAUAAGGACCAAGAGAUGAGAAGUGACUGGCAUGGAAGUUAAAAAAAGAGAAUGGAUUAACUAAUUUAGAUAGCAGUAGUAUUCACAUUCCUCUGGGAUAAAGGGAAAACAUGCUAGAACUUCUCUAUUGGUAUUUUAUCCAUUGGUUUAAAAUUUCUAUUUUAGGGAUAUAUAUUAUGCAUAUUUUAUUAUAUAUGAGUAUAGUGAAACAAUAAGUAAAUAGUAAAUAUGAAUAUAAUGGAGGUACAUGCUUUUUUUUCUUUCUUGAUACUGGGGAUUGAACCUACGGGUGUUUAACCACUGAGCCACAUACCCAGCCCUUUUUCAAUAUUUUUUUCCUAGAAGGUCUCUCUGAGUUGCAUAAGUGCCUCACUAAGUUGCUAAUGCUGGCUUUGAACUCGUGAUCCUCCUGCCUCAGCCUCCCAAGGCACUGGAAUUACAGGUGUGUGCCACUGCUCCUGGCUCUUUUUUUCUUCUUAAUGAUUGGAGUAUACCACCCCAAAUUUCAGGAAAUCACUGCUCUAGAGUUUGGGCUGACUAGGUCAUUUAUAUGUAUUAUUCUUCCUUCUUUCUUGUCUCUCUUUCUCUCUCCCCCUCUCCCCACCCUUCCUUCCUACCUUUCUACCUAUAUUAUUUUACAUAUAUGUUAGUCUCAUAAUUCCAAUGGCUCCUAGGAUGAGCUGUAUACCCUUUGUAUUCCAGGCCCCACUUUGAGUUUUAUGAGACCUAAUUUUAUGCCACAGAGGGAAACUAACACACAUAUGACCUAUCUUCCCUAAUUCCAAAGAUCCUUCCCUAAAGAUGCAUUUUAGGUAAGGCAAAAUAAGCUUACAUUCAGGAGGUUGAGGCAAAAGGAUCCCAAGUUCAGGGACAGCCUGGGCAACUUAGCAAAUCUUUUUCUCAAAAUUAAAAAUAAAAAGGGUUGGAUAUAUAGCUUAGUGAUAGAGUGCCCUUAGGUUCAGUCCCCAGUACUGCAAAAAAAAAAAAAAAAAAAAAAAGCUUACACCUCAGAUGUUAAGGAAUCAUUCCCAGGCAUCUAGUGAUUAACCCUCUGAAUUAGACCAACUGGAAAACUCACCUAGUGGAGGGAACUCAGUGUGGCAAUCAGCAGGGCUUGCCCAGCCUUUCUUUUAGCACCCUGCAAAGUACACAUACUUUCUGUGUUUCUCGGGUAGAGCUUUACCCUGUUUCUGCUCAGUUUUACCCGGCCCCUUGCCUCUCCAGGAAGGACAGUGAUGAGUAAAAACAAACAGUACAGAAGACAGCUGAGGUUUUUGGCUCUACCUCACCAAAGUUCUGACUCUUGAGUCUGCAGAAAAAAGCCUGGGAACUCCAUGACAGUCACCAGAAGAGAAGCAGUUCUGUUAAACUGCAUGUUAUUCCCAGUUUAACCCAUCUAAACCAGAAACUAUAAGCCAGGAUGCAGCUUCCACUUUGUUGAAGUACCUUUCCAGCAUUCCCAAAAAUUCCACCAUAAUUAUCUACAAGAGACUGAAAAACAACAAUUUUUUGCCUGGUACCAGCCAUUUGUUACUUUUUAGGUAAAGCCUUCAGUGUGGAUCUCCUCUUGUUUCCCUGACUCCAUUUUAGAAUGUUAAAUGAUAGUACACUAGAUGUAGCUUUUCAGUAUCAUUCAUGAUCUGGUUCCUGCUUAUCUUUCUACCUUUAAUUCCCCUUGCCAGAAACAUUUACUCAGUAAGAUUGAUCUGCUCUGUCCCUGAACCAGAUCAUGGGCUUUCUCUACCACUCUGUUCCUGUGCACAGUAUCUAUUCUUUUCUUUAUUUUUCCCCCCAGUACUGGGAAUUUAACCUAAGGGUAUUCUACCACUGAGCAACAUCCUUAGAUCUUUAUUCUUUUAAUUUUGAGAUAGGGUGUGACUCAGUUGUCCAGGCUGGCCUUGAACCUGGGAUCAUCCUUCCUUGGCCUUCUGAGUUGCCAGGAUUAUAGGCCUAUGCUAUUGCACCCAGCAUCUGUCUAGUCUUCUCUCUAGCUAUCCAGAGAAUCCUCACCCUUCAAAGAGCAGCUUAAAUUCUAUACUUUCAAAUAAACUUUUCUUAGUUUCAACUGUCA